UCAAAGGCAAACUCUGCAACUAAUCGAAAGUAAGAGGGUACUUAAUUGAUAAAAAGAAAAGUGUACAAAUAUAAUUGUUUAUAAUUCAAUAGAUUUAUAUUCGUAUUUUUUUGAGAUAUUUCUUUAUCUCAUUAUUUAAAAGGAACACAAAAAAAAACCAUUAAUAUGUCGGAACACUCUAUACCCUUAUAUAUUCUUGACGACUUGAGCAGUCGUUUUAUAAUAAACGUACCUGAAGAAGAAAGAAAAGAUCUAGUUCGCAUUUGCUUUCAAAUUGAAUUGGCACAUUGGUUUUAUUUAGAUUUCUAUUGUGUGGAGGAAAACACAAAACUGAAAUCUUGUGGCAUGAAGGAAUUUGUAACGCAUAUAUUUCAGCAUAUUCCAUUUUUAAAACCCCAUUUAACGAAUAUCGAUUCAAUUAUUGAACAAUGGAGAGAAUAUAAACAAAAUGUGCCAACAUUUGGCGCAAUUGUUUUAAAUGAAGAUAUGACAAAAGUUCUUCUCGUCCAAAGUUAUUGGGCAAAAAGUAGUUGGGGUUUUCCUAAAGGCAAAGUAAAUGAGGACGAAGAUCCUUCACAUUGCGCUGUUCGUGAAGUUUUAGAAGAGACAGGUUUCGAUAUUUCUAAUUUAAUUGAUAAAAAUGAAUACAUCGAAUCUGUUAUUAAUGAUCAACUAGUGAGACUUUAUAUUAUAAGUGGCGUUCAAAAAGAUACAAAAUUCCAGCCAUUGACACGUAAAGAAAUUAAAAAUGUUGAAUGGUUCGCAUUGGCUGAUUUGCCCAACAACAAAAAGGACAUGACUCCAAAAGUGAAAAUGGGAGUUGGACCGAAUUCAUUUUUCAUGGUCGUUCCAUUCGUCAAACGAAUAAAACGUUGGGUUCAGGAGAAACAGCAACGCGAAAAAAAUGUACCAGGACGUAGGCAUCGGCACAAGUCUGUUGGAGAUGUUGAAAAUUCAUCGAAAAGUAAACGACAACAACAAAUGAUCUCUCAAAACGAAGUGUCAGACUUGAGAAACGCUCGACAGCCAAACACUUCUCCAGUUCGAAGUCGUAAGAGUACUCACGAAAGUAAAAAUUCCACAACAAAAAAUGCAUUUAAACGUAAUUUAUUCGGCGAUUCAAAUAGUGAUCAAUCACCGGCAGUUCUUGCUAAACAAUUAACGGAGAGUCCUCUACGUCAUCAAGUUUCAAUGUUUAAUGACUCGUCAAUUCAUUCUGCCAAAAAACAUCCAAGUGGAAAAGAAAUGAAAGGCGACAAGGGAAGUUCAAAGACACAUAUUUUUGGAGAGGCGACACGAAAAUUGAAUUCUGAUUCUAAAUGUAAUCAAUCGCCUUUUUCCACUGGUACUCAAGGAUCUUCAUCGACAAAAGAAUCGUCUAAUAUCUGCUCGAAAGAUGAAUUUCGAACUAAAAUAUGGUCUCAUUUUAAAUUUGAUAAGAAGAUUAUUCUUAAUUGUCUAUAAAUCAUUGUUCGUCGAAUUGAAGAAGAUACCUGUGAUCUACAAAUUUGUAGUGAUAUUAAUAUUAUUAUUAUUAUUACGUUUUAAAGCUUUGCUUUGUCGAGAUUAAUAAUAUUUGAAUACGAUUUCAAAUUUGAUGUAAAGUACAUUUUGUUGACAAGUAUAUGAAGAGAACGUGUAUGAAAAAUUAUGUUAUUCUUCGUUAAUUAUUAUUUGAGAAAGAUUUAUUUUAGGUAAAGACUUGCGCUUUUGUCACAAUGGUACUUUUAUUUAUUUUUCUCUCUUUUUUUUUUUUAAUUAUGUAAUCAAUUAUUAUUGUAAAACUGUAAGUUUUACUCGUGAUUCUUGACGGAAAACGAUUGCUAAUUUUAAUGUUAUAUUUGCUAAAUUCCGUGCAUACGGUGUGUGUGUAUAAUAACAUUUACGUUAAAUUCAUUAUUUGUACACUUUUAUAUUACAUUUUGGGAACAAAUGUCACUCAUUCAUUUAAUAAAUUAUUUUUCGUACUUUUUAAAA